UGCUGUGGGCAGAGACCGCAGCAGCCAUGAGCCAAGCGGCAGCAGCAGACAGAAUGCAGAUGGCUGCAUGCGGAAGCUGUGGUAUGUAUAUAGUCCUAGCAGGAGACCCGGAACAAAGGUAUGUGUGUAUGAAGUGUCGCCUUAUAGUGUUACUGGAGGAAAAGAUUAAGGGGCUGGAGAUGCAGGUAGAGACCCUGGUGGAGUUUAGGCGGGGGUUUGAGCAGCUGAUGGAGGAUGGGCAAGGCGGGGCUGAAGGGGAAGGCUCUAGGGUGCAGGAGGAGGCAGUAGUAGAUGACAGCGAGAGGGGAAUGGAAGGAGGAGAUCCAGGGAAGUGGAAGCAUGUGACUGUGAGAAGUAAGCCAAGGAAAAGGAGGGCCAGUGAUGGGGGAAUAGAACUCAGGAAUAGGUUUGAGUGUUUGGAGAACGAGGUAGAGGGGCAGCAGGUGGUGACUGAAGGUGGGAGGGUGAGGAAGAAGAGAAGAGCUGCUAGUCCGAGAGAGAGGGGGGAGGAGUUGAUGGAGACAGCACCAAUUAUGGGCCACCAGAGGAUACAGGAAGGCAUAAGGGGGAGCAUAAGGGAAGAUAGGAGCAGACACAGGUCAGGACUAGAGGGAUCGGAGACUAGAUUACUAGAUCGCACUGUUGCCAGGCGACGGCAGGUGUAUGUAAUUGGAGACUCUUUACUGAGGAGACUGGACAGGCCUGUGACCAGGGCGGACCCGGAGAACAGAAGGGUGUGCUGUCUACCAGGUGCAAAGAUACGCGAUGUGGACCUGCGGUUGAAAAGGAUCCUAAAAGGAGCAGCUGUUCAUUUCUUCAAAAAGAUUUCCGCUUUUCUAGCAGCUAGUCUUCCCCUGUGAAAAGACUGAACUGAAUCUC